AUGGGAAUCAAAGGUUUAACGUCGCUGCUGACCGAUGAGGCGCCUUCCUGUAUCAAGCAAUUUGAUAUCAAGACCCUGUUCGGCAGAAAAGUCGCCAUCGAUGCCUCCAUGAGUCUGUACCAAUUUCUCAUUGCGGUGCGUCAAUCGGAUGGACAGCAAAUGAUGUCCGAUUCUGGAGAAAUAACCAGUCACUUGCUUGGCUUCUUUUACCGCACCCUUCGUAUGAUUGACUAUGGCAUCAAGCCUGUAUACGUGUUCGAUGGCAAGCCACCGGAUCUGAAGAAGGACGUGCUUUCUAAGCGAUUUGGACGACGUGAAGAAGCGCGUGAACAAGAAGAGGAGCAGAAGGAUGUUGCCGACAGCCAUACCCUGGAGCAACUCGCACGUCGUCAAGUUCGUCCGACAAGGGAGCACAAUGCGGAAGUACAGCGUUUGCUUUCGUUAAUGGGUAUCCCAUGGGUAAUCGCACCAUCGGAAGCGGAAGCGCAAUGCGCAGAACUGGCACGGGCCGGAAAGGUGUAUGCCGCUGGCUCUGAAGAUAUGGACACACUGACUUUUGGUGCCCCCAUCCUUUUGAAACACUUAACAGCAAGUGAGCAAAAGAAGCUACCGGUCACGGAGAUCAACCUGGCUAAAGCAUUGGAAGAACUUGAUAUGCCUAUGGAGCAGUUCAUUGAUCUCUGUAUGUUGCUGGGUUGCGACUAUCUUGACCCUGUACGGGGUGUAGGCCCGAAGAAAGCAUUAAAGCUUAUUCAAGAGCACAAAACUUUGGAAGCCGUUUUGGAACACUUGCAGCAACAGAGCGAUCUGAAAAAGGCCGGCGAAGACACCAAGCGAAAGUCGCAAGACUCUGACGACGAAGACAAAGCCGCGCCUAAAAAGCGAGCAGGGGGCAUCCAAGUCCCAGAUUGA